CGUUUUCUAAGAACACCCGGCAAAAUACAGCGCUGACGGACGGACACGUGAAACUGUGUAGCGUAAUGGUAAUUACACCUUUAAAGUAAACAUUUAUAGGUAGUGUUGGACUUAUUUAAUGGUCGUUGGCGUUAGAGUAAUUUGAGCACAUUUUAAGGUUGCGGCUAAGCUUACAGUUUGAUGUUAGCGUACUUCAAUGUAACUUACUGAUUUAGCCUACUGAUUAGCUAUCAUAGAUAACACAAAACAAUGUUACAGUGCGAUUUGGGGAUAUGACGUUAACAAUAAUAAGUUAGCUAAUUUCAACAACAGCAAACAACGACAACACACACGUCUUCGAGAACAGUAACGUGAACUAAGUUAGCGGAACAUUAGUUUGCUAACUGCCUGGAUCAGUCAUGACGCGCUGGGCAAGAGCCAACAAUGUCCACAAACACAAACCUGCAGAUGCCACUCCAUGGAGCCAGUUAAGGACUGGUGCUGCUGGGUCAAAUGCAGGCACGAGCUCCAGUGGUGACCGUCGAGGACCUUACAAACACCAGCCCAGCAAAGGGCCACUGAGGGGCACUCAGGCUGGCCAGGGAAAUAAAAAGUCCAAGAAGAAGGAUUUCUGCGCUGAUGUUAAUGGUUUCUUGGAUUACCUGAAGCAGACAGGGCAGCCGUUGCCAGGCAGAGGCCAAGUGGCAGACCAGGAGUUCAGUGAAGAGCUGAAUACUGCCCUCAAAAAGGACAAGAGGAGAGAAGACAGGAGACUCAAGAGACAGUCUUCUAAAAAGAGUAACAUGGUGUGUUUCCACUGCAGGAAGCCGGGUCAUGGCCUUGCAGACUGCCCAGAUGCAGACAAGGAUGUGGAGAUGGGCCGUGAUAUCUGCUACCGCUGUGGUUCUUCCGAACACGAGAUCCAAAGAUGCAGAGCCAAAGUGGACCCUGCCCUUGGUGAAUACCCAUAUGCCAAGUGUUUCACAUGUGGCCAGACUGGUCAUCUCUCCAAAUCAUGCCCUGAUAACCCCAUAGGAAUGUAUGCUGCUGGGCGUUGCUGUCGAUUGUGUGGCUCUGUUGAACACUUCCAAAAAGAUUGUCCUGAGCACCAGAGUGCAACAAACUCCAUCACACUUAGACGCUGGUCCAAUAAUGUGAGUGCUGACCAUGAGGAUGUCCAUGUUCCAGUGAAGAAAGUACAGGCCAAGGCUAAGCCUAAAGUGGUUGUAUUCUAAUACAAUUGGAAGCUGCUGUUGUGAUCAAAAUGGAAAAUAUGGAGGACUUUCUUAAGUAUUUUUUGGCUGUUUCACAAAACAACAAUCAACAACCUCAGACAUCAACCCAUGAAAUCGCUGGGGAAUUAUGAACUAUUCAUGUUGGUGGUUUAGACAUGUUGGAAAUGUUGACAGAUAUUUAAAUGAUGUGCAUUUUUGCAGCAUUGUGGUAAAUGCUUUGCACAGAAAAAAACAGAAUACAUAUAAUAAAUACUGUAUAUAUUCAAACAUUCAAACAUGAGGUAUGAAUACAAUAACAUAUUCAUCUUCAUGUAUUAAAUUGCAGUGACAUCUAUAUACUCAUAGAAGAAAAACAACAUGUAUAAUGUAUAAAUACUAUACAAAAAUCUUUCUGUACAAGGAAAAGUUAUUAGGAGUUUCUAAAAGGCAGUUGAGAUUGUGUCAAGCUCUAGAAAUGUUAUGCAGGAUCUAGCUGUUUCUUCCAUGGACUUUGACCAGCCUGCCAGGUUGCCCUCUACAAAAGGUAGCACACCAGAAGACACCUGGUUGUAGUAAGACACCUGUUAAGACAUGAACAACAAGGUUUAGAACAUUGCUCCAUCAGACAUUGAUCAUUCAUAACCAUGAACAGUGUUGUUUCUGUAAUAUUAGGGAUAUUAUUUCAAGCAAACCAGCUGAGUUGCCAUGUGUAGACUCCAUCCAAAGUGGGGAAAUGUAAAAAAAAAAACAUAGCCCUGGUAGAAUGUUAUGGGUGAGGUUAGAUGAGGUACCUUGCUGGUGGAAUGAGAGAUUCUUUGUAUGAUGAAACCUGCACAUUUGACUUCACUGCGAGUGCUGUUUUCAGCAGGGGGUAGCUUCUCCGUUGUUACAGAGCGCAGUGCAAUCACAUAAGGGUCUCUGCAGGAAAAGUAAUGUGUGCUGAAUUUCUCUCCCUAAACACCGGAAAAGCUUUCUAUCAGAUUUAGAUAAUCAAUAGCGACCCCUUCAGUUGCCAUGUGAAAUAUCUGACAUUUACUGUAUGUCUUCCUGUUCUUCAUUUAUUUAGAUGUGUAGGCAUAUCAUGCAAUGCAUAUAAGCCAAAAUGAUCCACUGCAAUCAUGAAAGCUGGCCACAUGGUGGCAGUGCACACUGUUGUUAGGGUAGGUAACUACUAACUACAGAGAAAUUCAUUUGAAAAGUCACAGCUGGACCUCUGUAUGCUGGAAAGUUUUAAAGUGGGAUGACCUUUACAUGGAAAUGUUCACACAGGUUUUGGGCAUAGAUAGAAUAUUUGACCUUUGAAUCAACUUCAUUAUAACAUGCUUUGCAAUAAAAUCGAGAGGGAUUUGACUCCUAUCCAAACCACUGACA